AUCUGUCUGAAGCAGCAACAAAAACCUCUGUUUAUCGAAAAAAUUUCAGCUUUAUAACUAGUCCGUUUUAAAGGGUGUCCAAAAACAUAGUAAUUAUUAUGUUUUUCAAACUCUAUUUAUUGUUACAAAGAAAUAUUUUUUGUCUGAAUAGAGGUGACAAAUGCAAGAUUUAGAGUUCCUAAUUCUGAAGUUAUAUUUAAUUUUCAUUUGCGAAAAAAAUACAAACUUGUAACCAUUAGCAUAUAUAUAUAUUUUCAACUUCUUUUUCUUUUCAUUAUAUAUAGUUCAAGAUCAUUUACUAGCCAAAAAAAAAGAUGCUGCCCAUGUAGAGGAAAUGGAGUUAUAUUAGCCUACAAAAAAAAUUUGGAAUUUUUGAGCCACAGUAUAUUUUUUAUUUAGAAUUCAAUUUUCAUGGCAAAUAAAGGGUAUUAUAUGUCUCCCCAGCAACACAAUUUCUCAGCUGAAGGUGAAGAUGAAUUGUACUUAGAGUUAUGGAGAUUGUGUGCAGGUCCAUUAGUGGAUAUUCCAAAAAAUGGAGAAAGAGUUUACUAUUUCCCACAAGGUCACAUGGAACAAUUGGAGGCAUCAACAAAUCAGGAGCUGAAUCAGAGAAUACCAUUGUUCAAUCUUCAACCAAAGAUCCUUUGUAGUGUUCUUGACAUUAAACUUCUGGCUGAGCAAGAUACUGAUGAGGUUUAUGCCAAGAUCACUUUGUUGCCGGAAGCGGAUCAAGUUGAGCCUGCUAGUCCAGAUCCGUCCUCACCUGAGCCUCCGAGGCCCAAAGUUGAUUUCUUCUACAAGGUUUUAACUGCAUCCGAUACGAGCACUCAUGGUGGAUUUUCCAUUCUGAGGAAACAUGCUAAUGAAUGCCUGCCCCCGCUGGACAUGAGCCAGCCGACUCCAUCACAGGCAUUGGUCGCCAAGGACCUUCAUGGCAUCGAGUGGCACUUUAAACAUAUAUUUAGAGGCCAACCCCGGAGGCAUUUGCUUACCACAGGAUGGAGUACCUUUGUUUCCCUGAAAAGAUUAGUUACAGGGGAUGCUUUUGUAUUCUUAAGGAGUGAAAAGGGUGAAGUUCGAAUAGGGGUUAGACGACUUGCUCGACAACCGAGCUCAAUGCCACAAUCAGUGAUUUCAAGUCGGAACAUGCACCUAGGAGUGCUAGCUACUGCAUCUCAUGCUCUUGCAACCCGGACCAUGUUUGUUGUAUAUUACAAACCAAGAACAAGUCAGUUUAUCGUAGGCCUAAACAAAUAUCUGGAGGCUGUUAAUCAUCGGUAUUCAGUUGGCAUGAGAUUCAAGAUGCAUUUUGAAGGGGAAGAGAUUCCCGAGAGAAGAUUUACAGGUACCAUAGUAGGAAUUGAAGUUAGUUCCUCGCAGUGGAAAGAUUCUAAAUGGAGAUCAUUGAAGGUUCAAUGGGAUGAGCCUGCAUCUGUUUUAAGGCCUGAUAGAGUUUCUCCGUGGGACAUCGAACCAUUUGUGGCGUCGGUCCCUACUUCUCUCAUUCAGCCAAUGCCAGUGAAGAAUAAAAGGCAUCGACCAACUAACGAAACCAAAGCUUCAGAUGGAAUUAGGUCGGCUUCUGAAGUUAAUGCUGCUUUGAAUAUGUUCUUAUAUGAGACAGAAGCCGGUAAAAAUGCUUCAUCUCGGCCUGCUUUUCCAAGCUUUGCAUCCUCACAAUUCGUAAAGGAGAACGAUGAGAGAAAAUGUGAUACAAUAACAUCCUUUAGAUUGUUUGGAAUUGACUUGAAAAGUCCUUCGUUCUGUUCUGCUAUUGAAAACCCGCCUCUAAAGCCAGCCAACAUUUCCGAUGGUUCUGCUGAACUGUUGUGCUUUCGAAACACGACUUCUGCUGGUGAUUCAGAAGACAACUCUGGCCUUUCGGGAGAUUCCAAAGAUCAAAAGCAAGAGCAGUUGCAUUUGCUGCCAAAGGAGGUUCCCAUGAAGCAGAAUUUUUCCACCAGAAGCUGCACUAAGGUUCAAAUGCAAGGGGUAGCUGUGGGUCGUGCGGUGGAUUUAACUGUAUUGAGUGGAUAUGAUGAGCUCGUGAAGGAACUCGAACAAUUGUUUGAGAUCCAGGAAGAGCUUCAUGCACGAAAUAAGUGGGAGAUUGUUUUUACAGACGAUGAAGGAGAUAUGAUGCUUAUGGGCGAUCAUCCUUGGCCAGAGUUCUGCAAUGUCGCGAAGAGGAUAUUCAUUUGUUUUAGUCAAGAUAUGAAAAGUUUCGGUGCAGGAACUAAAUCUCCAUCUUUCGAAAGUGAAACAACUGCUUCGACAUGAAAAUUUGGAAGAGAAUAAAGUUGUGCACUUUUUUGCUUCUCUCCAAAUGUGGAUAAUAUUCCUCUUGUUGACUUCCAGCAGGUAUCUGCAAUCUUCAAUAAUAGCCCUUCGAUGAUGUUCUCUAUGCAGUCUUGUUGGAUAAGCUUGACAACAAGCAGACAGUUGAAUCCUUUUGCAUCUAGUCAAUUUUAGCUUCCCUCAUAUCAGAGCGAAGUUUAGAUACGAAAAUUUCCUCUUUUUUUCCCCUUGUCUUCCUAAUUAUUCUGUUAGGCUGUUGGAAUGACACAUCAUACUUGUGCAACCAAUUAAGAUCAGUUAGUGAAGGGGUUAGUAUUAGAAGCUUGUAUGUAUGUAUGUAAUGAUUCUGGUGGAAGUUUGACUGUUGUAUCCCUUUAGUUGUAGCUACUCAAAUGGGGUUGCAGCAGGAAAAACUUACACCUUGUGUUUAUGUAAAACCAAUAAGUAUAUGCCACGUUUUUCUAUAUACGCAUUUAUUGCUUAA